AUUCCUGAGAUGAGAAAUAUUGUUUCGAGUUCUCAAGUUUACUGGCAAUACUGAUUUUUUUCAUGGUUGGAAUUCGAUCGUCUGCUACAAUUCUGCUUCUGAAACAAACUCAUGGCGCCUGCACGGUGUCUUGGAACAAGGGAACAAAAGGGAAGUUCACAAUAUCAUUGCACGAUUUGGUUUUGUAGAAAUAAGAAAGAAUCAAUAUGAUUAAUGUGCUUUGAUCUGUAGUUUCGCUUGUUGUGUUAACCUCGUACCUGCGGAUAUAUAUAGGCGAAGAUGAAGAGAUGUUGAAGGUUAACAAUGUCUUCAAGGCAGCUUCAAGAUGAUUUUCACAGUGUGAACACCGAUCUUGAGAGCAUGAGAAGCACAGACUGGAUCGAGAUUGUGUCACAAGACAUCAUCAAGAAAAAAGUCGAGAUGGGAGUGGUGGCUCGAGAUGUGAAUCUGAUUAGGGGCGACGCUCCCCGACGUGCAAAGGAUACUACCACCCCUUACCUUAAACGAAAGAGAAACCCUGAGUGGUUCGAGGUUGUUACAAGGGAGUUCAAGGAUGAAACAAUCAAUAUAGGGUUGGUGAACGUGGAUGCGACACUGGAUGGAGUUGAAACGAAGGCGAAGAUGGUGAAAGUGGAUUUCGACCGUGCAGGGGAAGGGCUCCGUUGGUCUGAUGUGUCUCCCGAACACAUGGAUGAGAACUCGACAUGCCCAGACAUCCCGAUGCCAAGAUUUGAAGUUUAUCAGGAGCUGGACGUGGUCGUAGCCAGGGUUCCACAUCGUACUGGGUAUGAGCUUGAUGGGUUAAAGGAUGUUUGGAGGCUGCAAGUGAACUUGGUGGUGGCCAACUUACUGGUACGGAGUCGGAGAAAGGGCAACGGGCCAUUGCUGGCCAUAUUUGUUGAAUCAUUGGAUCCGAUGUGGGAGCUUUUCAGAUGUGAUGACCUUUUGUGGAAUGAAGGCAGCACUUGGAUUUACAAACCUGACAUGACACGAAUAAAAAAACUGGUGCUCAUGCCGGUCGGGCCGUGCCAACUUGUCCCUCCGUUUUCCCAUUUUGGCGAUUUCAAUGGAGAACGGGGAAGGCGAACAUACAACGACGGUCUCCCUCGGCCAAGAGAGGCUUACGUUACGAUCCUUCACACCUCGGAAAGUUACGUGUGUGGUGCAAUCGUCUUGGCGCAAAGCCUCAUACAGACUAAUACAACGAAAGAUCUUGUUCUUCUUGCCGACGACAACAUCUCCACUGAAUCGUUGGAGGCCCUCCGAGCAGCAGGGUGGAAAACACAGUGGAUUGAGCGCAUACGGAGUCCGUAUUCACGACAAGACUCGUACAACGAAUGGAACUACAGCAAGCUCCGGAUAUGGCAGCUGAAGCUGUACGACAAGCUGAUGUUCAUCGAUGCGGAUCUCAUCGUCAUCAACAACAUCGACAGGCUCUUCACGUACCCGCAGCUCUCGGCCGUCAGCAACUACCAGAAGCACCUCUUCAACUCGGGGCUGAUGGUGGUGGAGCCGUCCCAGUGCACGUUCGACACCCUCAUGGAGAAGAUGAGGGUGGUGGAGUCGUACAACGGUGGGGACCAGGGCUUCCUGAAUGAGAUGUUCGCGUGGUGGCACCGCCUGCCACACGAGCUGAACUUCAUGAAGGUCUUCGUCGAUAAACAGGACAACGUGCAUCAUCUGAUUGACAAGGGCGUGAAUGUCAUGCACUACACCGGCCUGAAGCCGUGGAAGUGUGCGGAAGAGGAGCACGACUGUAACUGGGACUUGCCGGAAUUUCAUCGAUACGCGAGCAACUCUGCCCACAGAAUGUGGUGGCGCGUUUACCGAACAAUGCCGGAAAAACUGAGGCCUUAUUGCUCGAGGAAUGCAUACACUCCCAAGAAUCCUAAUGUGGCUAUCAAGUUAUGAAGUUUCUAUUAGUCUUUUCUCUUUAAAUCGAAAUUUUCCUUUUUUUACUUUUUGAAAAAGUUCAUGUUAGAUACAUUUCUUUUGGCACCACUGUUAUACGUUGUUUAUUUUUUGAAGUGACAAAUAUAUUGUAUG